GCCAUGGCAACACGGAGCGAUCUGGAGGAAGACGAAGCUCCAGGAGCAUAAAGGAAGCCGCUCUUCGUAUCACAACUGAACAGCCAAAGACGAACUAUGGCCACACCGCGGGGUUGGACAUUGUCGGUAGCCACCACAAUCGAGAACAGCCAGAUAUUGGCCUUGGAGGGCCCUGCUGGACCGUGCAGAGGUGAAGCACCUCCCCGCGCACCGGACACGACGCUUUUGCUGCACAGUCUUUGGCAUCACCGAUCGAGGCGCUCCCGCCGAUUGGAUUCCGGCAGGGAUGACAAGGAGCUCCCGGUUCACCAUGGACGCGCCCGUGCUGCCACCACGUUCGUCCGCUGCUUGAGCGGAAGCGAGAACCUCGACGAACAUUGCCAACCACCGCACCAGGGAACCCUUGGCCUCGGUGGUCACCACGCAACCCACGGCUUGAGCACCGGCACUGGCACCAUGCCACCUCAUCAGCCACCACGCCAGCCAAUGACCCCCUCUCCGAGGAUGGUGCUUGCGAGUUCGUAGCCGAAUCUGAUACAAAAGCCGAUGUCAUCCGAGGCCAGGAGAAUUCUAUCGGAACCUGCUCAGUCGGUGGUGGGUCGGCAGCCCAGGCCCAUCGUCGACGUUGGCCGGCCAUUACCAUAACACGGCCCACCCUCGACUCCACCGCGGCGCAGCAGUGCGGUGCGGUGCGGCGCGGCGCAGCGCGUGAAGUGCAACACAUAAGCCACGCCACGCUCCCGCUCGUGACGCAUAGGCUCGAUCGCAACGCAACCCUAACGCUCAGCGCCUCCGAAGGAUCCGGCCAUUCCCCAAUUCCACACCCGCCCAGAGCCGCCACCGCCCCAUUAUUCUCCCAUCCUCUCCUCACUAGACCAGCGCCGGCGCACCACCCAUCCGUUCGCCUCCUAGAAGAACAGCCGGUGCGUGUUAGUAGUCUGCUGCGAAAGGGGAAUCAAUCAUGGCGACCCGUAUUCAGUUCGAGAAUAAUUGUGAAAUUGGUGUUUUCUCCAAGCUGACAAAUGCCUACUGCCUGGUAGCAAUUGGAGGGUCAGAGAACUUCUACAGUGCGUUUGAGUCUGAUCUAGCAGAUGUCAUUCCUGUGGUCAAGACCUCUAUAGGUGGUACUAGAAUAAUCGGGCGACUCUGUGUUGGAAACAAGAAUGGACUUCUGUUGCCUCAUACUACCACUGACCAAGAGCUUCAGCAUCUGAGGAACUGCUUGCCUGAUCAAGUUGUUGUUCAGCGUAUCGAUGAAAGGCUGUCUGCUCUUGGCAAUUGUGUAGCCUGCAAUGACCAUGUUGCGCUUACACACCCUGACCUUGACAAGGAAACUGAGGAGUUUAUUGCAGAUGUGCUUGGUGUUGAGGUGUUCCGGCAGACUAUUGCAGGAAAUAUCCUUGUGGGGAGUUACUGUGCGUUCUCCAACAGGGGUGGCUUGGUCCAUCCUCAUACAUCCAUUGAAGACCUUGAUGAACUGUCCACGCUCCUGCAAGUUCCUCUCGUCGCUGGAACCGUGAACAGAGGCAGCGAGGUCAUUGCUGCGGGCAUGACAGUGAAUGAUUGGACCGCCUUCUGUGGCUCAGACACGACGGCCACCGAGCUCUCGGUCAUCGAGAGCGUCUUCAAGCUGAGAGAAGGGCGGCCCACUGCGAUUGUUGACGACAUGAGGAAAUCUCUGAUAGACAGCUAUGUGUAACUGAGGUCCUGCAGAUGUGGGUCUCGAGUGUUUACUGCACUAAGAUAUGCGACGGGCUGUCUGUAGCAAAACUCGCAACAAUUAUGUUUGGUGGUGUAUCCUUGGCAACAGUAUGGGAAGUUAGACUUUUCGCU